AUGACCAUCCAGCCAAUGCCAAGUUCCCAGUCACAGGAAGAGCGAGAUUAUGUGAAUAUGGAUCAAAGGGAUGGUGAGAUGAGCCUGGAGUUUGCCCUUAAAUACCCGAUCCCUCUGUUUGAUGGCGAAUCCCGCAAACCUGUUACAGCCAACAUGAUGAUUGACCUGGUAGCGUGGACUACGUCGUCGGUUCUCCCCGUCACUCGAACAUUCGAGGCUCGAGAGCUCAUUAACGACGAUGUUGCAGUAAGGCUUCCCGUGUUACGGUCGCAAUCAUUCUUCGCAGAAGUCCGUAAGCUUUUGAUCUUUUCUGGAAAUACCAAUCUUUACAAAUGUAUCUGGGACGACGAGGAGCUGAACAAACGCGAAAUCGGUACUCGAAAAGGGAAGAUAAUAGCAUCGACAGACUGCGAUACCCUGUGGAAAAGAAAGCAAAUCCUUGAAGAAGGGAAAGUAAUCGAACUAUUUGAGAGAGCUACCGACAUGGGACUUGAGAGGAUGACCUUUCGAGUUGCAUGGUACAGCUCCUCGGUCCCGCAGGAUAUCUCGUUAGUGAAACAGCAACUUAGCCAUGGAAAUUGCAAUACCGGAUCUGGGCACUGGAUGGAGAGGAGUACGAGGAGUCAUGUCUAG